AUGAAGACUGUCAUCUACAUCUACAAGCCGGUCAGACUCGUCGCCGAUCUGUCAGGUUGUGCCGAUAUGGGCGAUUUGGUGGCAUCUAUCAAAGCCGUGCACCCAACAGUCCUGGAAGAACAUGAUGGCCUGGAAUAUUUCCCAUCCGGAUGCCAGGCGCUAGCAUCGAAACAGCUUACUGGCCCGUACCACGAUCCUGAGUCACCUCUGCCUUACCUUCCAGGCCCACAGCUGGACAUCAUGACCUUUCCAAAAUCAGUUUACGACAUUAAUGUCUGCGCCUGCGGGUCUGGCGAAUGCUCCAGAGACAAACACUUUGCUGUAUCCCUGGGUGCGAAUUGCCGGAUCUCUCAGCUGAAAGAGGGCGUGGACUUCAAGCUCGGCACACCGACCAGCGACCAGGUCAUCAAAUACAACGGACGGACCAUGGACGACUCUGCCUACCUGUUUCAAGAGGGGAUUUGCGAGAACUCCACGGUGGCGGUCACAAUCAACGCGAAGAUAUCCCUUUUCUGGAAGAACAAUUGGCAUUCUAUGGUAGUCCCAUUGGAUGCAGAAUUCUCCUCCCUGUUGGGGGCUUUUGCACGACAGGAAUGGGCGGAUCUUUCGAACUUGUGCUUUCAGUUUGAUAGAACCUCGCAGGUUUCAGGCCGUGCGAAGGAUUGGGUUGAGGAUCGAAAUCGAAUCUACCUUUUCAAAGCGGAACAAGUUGUCGGCACUGUCAAGGAGAAUGGACUUGCUACAGGAGAUAGAAUUCGCGUCUACCAGAUGAUUCCCAAGCGGGAGCGGGAAACCCCUGACGAAGGAGAUCUCCUCACAAACGUGAACCCCCAGCGCAAGGUCAAGAAGCCAAAAGGACGAGCCGCGAGAUCUUAG